CAUUCUGCUGUAGACUGUUUAGAUGCAGAGAACAGAGCCAACAAUAGAGUGAGGAACUCAUUCAGACACCAGGAUUCAAACUGAACAAUGGAACAUUUCAACAUCAGCACCACAUGGAACGAAAGUUAUGAAGAAAACAACAAUAGCAACAGCUUCAACAACAAUGAACACAACAAUUUCCAAUACUGCACCAUUAAUGGCUGCGAUAAACACAAAGCAGCAUUCAUCUCAUAUGUUAUUACAUGGAUCAUCGUCUGCAUCAGUCUUCCUUUGAUCCUACUGGCCAUCUACUCACUGUCAUCUCUGGUCAGAAAGGAUCACGGUGCUCCAGUCUACGUCAUCAACCUCCUCAUUUCUGAUCUGGUUCAGAUCAUCUGCAUGAUUGCUGGGGUGGCUUCCGGGGAGUUCUUGGCUGCUGGAGUUUUCUUCUAUCAUUAUGGUCUGUUGUCCAGCGUUGGCUUCAUGGUGUGUAUCUCCCUAGAAAGGUAUCUGGUCAUCGUCUGGCCACUGUGGUACAGAUUCAGAAGAACCAUCAAGACCUCUGUGGUGGUCUGUGUCCUAGCCUGGAUCCUCCCUCUUGUUCUUAUCUUCCCCUUGUUUGUUUUUUCAGUUUCUUUGGAGAUCACAUUCAUCAUGUAUGCUUUCUUACUCCUCCUCCCCCUCUCUCUGUUCAUCUUCUUCCUGGGUGGGACUCUUAAAGCCCUGUCUGCAUCCAUCAGUGUCUCCUCUGAUGAAAAACGAAGAAUUGUGGCAGUUUUGGUCGUAGUGCUGCUUAUUUACAUACUGCUGUUCCUGCCCAGAAUCAUUUGGUUUCUGGCAGGAGAAUACAGAAAGAACACUAGCUUCAUCACUUUGUGUGACAUUCUCCUUGAGUUGAGUCCUCUUGCAGACUUGAUUUUGUACAUUUUCAUGAGGAAAGGAACCACAGACAAGAUUUUGGCCUCACUGUGUUGUUGCAGGAUGCAGCUUCAGGAAUCAUCAGAUGAACAGCAUGAACAACAGACAGCCUGUUCACAGUCAGCUUCAUAUAGGCAGGAAGUAGAAGUUUGAGGAACUAAUUCUCUCCAUCCAUCCAUUAUAUCAUGCAUCCAAACUCUAACAUUUUAAUUCCCAUUCCACACUGUAUGUACAGAAUGUCCUUACAUUUCUGUUUACCUCUAUAUAUUUUUCAGAGGUUUUUUUUUUUUUUUUUGUAAAUUCUGUCAAAUUUGAUAGUGUUUUCAUAGGUUUUUUGUAUAUAUGUUUGUCUAAUUCUGUGCAACUGCGACAAGGAAAUUUUUCAUAUGUGGGACAAAUAAACAAUAUCUUAUGUCUGAUCA